CAUAUGCUUUACACAACCACCUGCUUCACACUACCAAGGCAAGUACACAGCAGCAAUACGUAGUAGAUUUCCCGAGUGAGGAGCUCAGCGCAAGAUGGAGAACCAGGCACACAUCGCCGGCGAGAAGAAGGGCAUCAUGGAGAAGAUCAAGGAGAAGCUCCCCGGCGGCCACGGCGACCACAAGGAGACCGCUGGUACCCACGGGCACGCCGGCACGGCGACGCAUGGUGCCCCGGCCACUGGUGGUGCCUACGGGCAGCAGGGUCACGCUGGAACCACCGGCACGGGGUUGCAUGGCGCCCACGCCGGCGAGAAGAAGGGCGUCAUGGAGAACAUCAAGGACAAGCUCCCUGGUGGCCACCAGGACCACCAGCAGACUGGUGGUACCUAUGGGCAGCAGGGACACACCGGCACGGCGACGCAUGGCACCCCGGCGACCGGUGGCACCUAUGGGCAGCAGGGACAUACCGGCACAGCGACGCAUGGCACCCCGGCGACCGGUGGCACCUAUGGGGAGCAGGGACACACCGGAGUGACUGGCACGGGGACGCACGGCACCGGCGAGAAGAAGGGCGAGCAGCAUGGACACACCGGGAUGACCGGCGCGGGGACACACAGCACUGGCGAGAAGAAGGGCGUCAUGGAGAACAUCAAGGAAAAGCUCCCUGGUGGCCACAGUGACCACCAGCAGACCGGUGGAGCCUACGGGCAGCAGGGACACACCGGCACGGCGACACAUGGCACCCCUGCCGGCGGCGGCACCUACGGGCAGCAUGGACACGCUGGAGUGAUCGGCACGGAGACGCAUGGCACCACGGCCACCGGCGGCACCCAUGGGCAGCACGGACACACCGGAACGACUGGCACUGGGACACACGGCUCCGACGGGAUCGGCGAGAAGAAGAGCCUCAUGGACAAGAUCAAGGAUAAGCUGCCUGGACAGCACUGAGCCCGGUCUGCCCGCGGCCGCUACCCUUGCAGAAUAAUAACCCCACCGUGUAUAAGUUGAUUGAGUCUAGUUCACCUAGCUCACUUGGUCGUUGGAGGAGAGAAUGUAUUAUGUAUCUUGGUUUAAGUUUUCACGGACAACAGUGUGUUCACAGUUUUCUUCUGUUUA